GAGUGUGGCUAAAUCAUCAUGUCCAGACGUAGAGUAGUCCAGCCAUUUUGUUCAGCCCUGCCAUUCAAUAGUCAAAUCAGACUGAGGCAAAGUUGAACAGAGAGACAGACAAGCUUUGAACAGAGACGGACAAGCUUUGAACAGAAACGGACAAGCUUUGAACAGAGAGACGGACAAGCUUUGAACAGAGAGACGGACAAGCUUUGAACAGAGAGACGGACAAGCUUUGAACAGAGAGACAGACAAGCUUUGAACAGAGAGACAGACAAGCUUUGAACAGAGAGACAGACAAGCUUUGAACAGAGAGACAGACAAGCUUUGAACAGAGACGGACAAGCUUUGAACAGAGAGACGGACAAGCUUUGAACAGAGAGACAGACAAGCUUUGAACAGAGAGACAGACAAGCUUUGAACAGAGAGACGGACAAGCUUUGAACAGAGAGACAGACAAGCUUUGAAUAGAGAGACGGACAAGCUUUGAACAGAGAGACAGACAAGCUUUGAACAGAGAGACGGACAAGCUUUGAACAGAGAGACAGACAAGCUUUGAACAGAGAGACAGACAAGCUUUGAACAGAGAGACGGACAAGCUUUGAACAGAGAGACAGACAAGCUUUGAACAGAGAGACGGACAAGCUUUGAACAGAGAGACAGACAAGCUUUGAACAGAGAGACGGACAAGCUUUGAACAGAGAGACGGACAAGCUUUGAACAGAGAGACAGACAAGCUUUGAACAGAGAGACAGACAAGCUUUGAACAGAGAGACAGACAAGCUAAAAGGAAUUGAGCAUCAAUCAGCCUAGUGAUCUGAAACAACUCUUCAAGUCCAAAGGCAGAAGCUCAUCCACAAAAGCCGGGUGAAAGUUCAACGGUGAAAGAAGGGGAUCCCACUUCGAUCUCACCAUGGACUGGAAGACGUUCGAGGCGCUGCUUAGCGGGGUCAAUAAAUACUCUACCGCGUUUGGACGUAUCUGGCUCGCGGUAGUCUUCGUGUUUCGCGUCAUGGUCUUCGUCGUGGCCGCAGAACGCGUCUUUAGUGAGGACCAGAAAGACUUUGACUGCAACACCCGCCAACCCGGCUGCGCCAACGUCUGUUACGACCACUUCUUCCCUGUCUCCCACACCCGGCUCUGGGCACUCCAGCUCAUCUUCGUCACCUGUCCCACCUUCAUGGUGGUGAUGCACGUGGCGUACCGUGAGGAACGCGAACGCAAGUACCGCAUCGCACACGGUGAAAACGCCCGUCUCUACGACAACACAGGACAGAAGCACGGAGGACUCUGGUGGACGUAUCUCCUCAGCCUCUUCUUCAAGACGGCCAUCGAGGUGGCGUUCCUCUACCUCCUCCAUCUCAUCUACAACAACUUUGACCUGCCGAGACGCGUCAUAUGCGACCUCUGGCCUUGUCCUAACCAGGUGGAUUGCUACAUCGGCCGGCCCACAGAGAAGAGGGUGUUUACCUACUUCAUGGUCGGGGCGUCGGCUGUGUGUAUAGUGCUCAACGUGUGUGAGAUCUUUUACCUGAUAGCCAUCCGGUUGCUGAGGAUCAGUCAUCGGGGAAGCCUCCAUACCUCCCCCAACAUUAGGUGCUCUGAGCUGGACUGUGAUGGGUGUCAGACAGCAGAGUACCAGGAGUGCAACGAGGCCAACUUAGCCAUGGAGAAGAAAAGUACAUCUAUAUUUUGAGUCAUGACAUAAAAACUCUUUACAAUUGAACUUUUAUUAGAUGACAAAUCUUUAUUGACUAAAUGUUGUUAACCAAAACCUGAGUUUUAUCAAUACAUUUAUUUUAGUCAAAUGUCAUUUUUAUGGCCAACCACCUCCUCAUCCUCCCUUACGGACACACCUCUGUGAGGGUGAAAGACUGACGAAGGUUAAGAGUUCUUGAAAGUGAUUUGACAGGUCAGACGUUGCUCAGACGUUGCUCAGACGUUACUCAGACGUUGCUCAGACGUUGCUCAGACGUUACUCAGACGUUGCUCAGACGUUGCUCAGACGUUACUCAGACGUUGCUCAGACGUUGCUCAGACGUUACUCAGACGUUACUCAGACGUUGCUCAGACGUUACUCAGACGUUGCUCAGAUGUUACUCAGACGUUGCUCAGACGUUGCUGACGAAUACCAGAGUUUACAACACAAAUGUCGGUAUUUUACAUAUCAGCUAACCGCAUUUUAUGAUAAUCUGGUGCCCGACUGCACAGUCGAUGUUGUCGCAUCCAAUCAUUGGUUGAUGCAUGUAACGUCUCAGCAAGGAAACGCAACUCCCCCCUGCUCAUCUGAUCUGGCCCCCUGCUCAUCUGAUCUGGCCCCCCGCUCAUCUGAUCUGGCCCCCUGCUCAUCUGAUCUGGCCCCCUGCUCAUCUUAUCUGGCCCCCCUGCUCAUCUGAUCUGGCCCCCUGCUCAUCUGAUCUGUAGGGUAGUGUAGGGUGGUGUAUGGUGGUGUAGGGUGGUGUAUGGUGGUUAGCUAGAGUCUAGACUACCUGUGUUCAGUGCUUCAUUUGUGAAUCGUAUUCCAUAUCAUCAUCAUUAUAAUAUAGUAUUCCAUAUCAUCAUCAUCAUUAUAAUAUAGUAUUCCAUAUCAUAUCAUUAUAAUAAAGUAUUCCAUAUCAUAUCAUUAUAAUAAAGUAUUCCAUAUCAUCAUCAUCAUUAUAAUAUAGUAU